CCUCCGAAGCCCUUCCUCAGUCCCACCAUGAUCACCGCCACCACUUCUUCUCAGAUCCUUCGACACACCACCAGCUUCCUCUCCGAGGUCCUUUCGCAUUCUGAACUCCGACGCCGCCUCAUUUCCACCCUCCUUCGCCGCUCUUCAAUCUCCAACCAAAUCACCCUCAAACACCUCAAUCUCGCGGCUGACACUCUCGAUAAUGCUAUAUCUGUCUCCAGCCUCACCAUCCGAUCCUCCUCCCUCACCCUCGCUGAGAAGCUUCUCCUCCCUCUGCCUCAGAAUCCCAUUUCGUCUUUCCUUCUCUCUCUCAUAUACACGAUCAACAAACGACAAGUCGAAGCCGCCUUAAGUCUCCUUCAAGUCUUCUAUUUAAACCCUUCGUUGGCCCGCUCGGAAAUCGCUCCUGUUCUCUACGAGCAGCUGUUUUCUCUCCACCUCCUCCCAGUUUUCCGAUCCUUCGAUGAACAGAGAGCAAAAAUACUGCCAUCAACAUCAGAAAAUUCAGCACGCUAUCCAGAUGGUUAUUCAAUUUUGGACGAAUCUGUUGUCUUACCCCCUACAAAAUUGUUAUCGCGAAUGACCAACGAUCAAGCCUCGAAGCUGAGGGAAUUAGAGAGAGACUACGAAGAGACUAUUGAUGACAAUUGCAGGAUUGUUGCCGAGUACUUCAAAGAAGUUUUGGUGAGUAACACUAGCGACUCAUCAGUCAGUCUGCCACUGUCGGUUCUGAAGAACAGCGGAGAUGAUGCAGAGAUGAAGCAGAGCCAACAGGAGAUGGUGCAAACAGAUAUACCUUUGUUUAAGAACGGACGGUAUAAUCCAAUUUGGACCGAAACAGAGACGUCUAUUGAAUUUUCGAGUAGCAGUUUCAGCGCCAAGUGCUUGAAUGCACCGUUUUACCCUCAAAGAGUCUCUCCCAAAAUCCUCAAACACCAAGAAUCUUCUAAAGAACUGUCCGUAACAUCCCGUUCAGACAUGGACGCUGAAACUGAGUCUUCCGAGGACGAAAAUAUGCCUCGUUAUUCGUCAGAAUUUGAGGCAGAAACUAAGGAAAAAGACACGGUGGUACCGCUGGAGCCUCGACGAAGCCAAAUCCAAGAAUCCAUGCAAAUUAAUUUUGCAGAACCCGGAGGUUCCCCAGACUACAUCAUGGCAGAUUAUGAUCACCAGCCCCCUGGAAAUGGAAAAUGUACGCCUCCCAAGGACUUUGUCUGCCCAAUAACUAGCAAUCUAUUUGAUGAUCCAGUAACUCUUGAGACAGGACAGACAUAUGAACGAAAAGCGAUCGAAGAAUGGUUCAACUGGGGGAACUCAACCUGUCCAAUCACCCGCCAGAAGCUGCAAAAUACCCAGCUGCCUAAAACAAAUUAUGUGCUCAAACGACUAAUUGCAGGCUGGAAAGAACAGAAUCCCAAUUCAAUCCCAUCUCCAUCUCCAUCUGAGAGUCUGCAUGCUGAAGCUGAAGUAGCAAUAAAGUCAGCAACGCCUUCAACUUCUCCUAGUAGUGUUAUAACCCAAGCCAAUGUUGAUGGGAUGAUUAGUGAGUUGCGACAUGCAAUUAACAACCUGUAUCUGUCAGAGAUCCUCGAGGAGUCUGAAAUGGCUGUGCUUCAAAUUGAGCAAUGUUGGAAAGAAGCAAACCUGGGAGUGGAUAUCCAAAGCAUGUUAUCGAAACCUCCAAUCAUUAAUGGGUUCAUGGAGAUUCUAUUUAAUUCUGUUGAUCCCCAGGUGCUUCAAGCAACAGUUUUUCUUCUGGCCGAGAUGGGUUCUAGGGACAAUGCUGUUAUUCAGACGCUUACCCGAGUGGACUCGGAUGUAGAAUGUAUUAUGGCUCUUUUCAAGAAAGGCUUGACAGAGGCUGUUGUAUUGAUAUAUCUCCUGAAGCCUUCUACUACGACUCUCGCGGAAAUGGCCAUAUUGGAGUCUCUCAUAACAGUAUUCGAUAAGAAAGAGGAAGACUUGCUUAAGAUGUACAUAAAGCCCAAGUCAGCUGCUGUACUUUUACUGGCACAGAUUCUUGGAAAUAAUGAGGAGAGAAUCGCAUCAUCAGUAGCCAAGACUUUGAUAAACGGUAGAGUAAUUGGAUGUAUAGUGGGCAGUUUUCGAGCUGAGUGGGCAGAGGAGAGGACUGCUGCGGUGGAUAUCUUAUUAAGAUGCAUCCAGGAAGAUGGAACUUGCAGGCAUCUCAUUGCUGAAAAAGUUGAGCCGUCUCCCAUUCUGGAAAGCUUCACUGGGGCGAAUGAUGCAGAACGUUUUAAGACAAUUCAAUUUUUUUCUGAGUUAGUCAAAUUAAAUAGGAGGACAUUCAAUGAACAAAUCCUCCACUUUAUAAAGGAAGAAGGUGCUUUCAGUACAAUGCACACUUUCCUCGUUUAUAUGCAAACAGCCCUUCAAGAUCACUGUCCAGUCGUAGCUGGCCUCUUACUCCAACUUGAUCUUCUGGCAGAACCAAGAAAGAUGAGCAUAUACCGUGAAGAGUCUUUAGAUACUCUUAUUUCAUGCCUCAGAAACAGUGAUUUCCCGGCUGUCCAAGUAGUAGCUGCUGAGACGAUAGUGUCAUUACAAGGGAGAUUCAACUUCGCUGGAAAGUCUCUUACCAGAGAAGUCCUGCUCAAACGUGCUGGCUUUAACAGAAAUUAUAAGAAUCUUGAUCAGAUUGAUGAUAUCAGCCAUAUCAGUGGAGAACUUGAAACGAAUCCAGAAGAAGAGAAGGCAACUGAUGAUUGGGAGAGAAAAAUUGCGUCGGUUUUAGUUGGCCAUGAGUUUGGCCUACUUUUUGAGGCUUUAGCUGAAGGCCUGAAAAGCCGAAGUACACAACUAAGUUCGGCAUGCUUUGUAUCAGCCACAUGGCUUACAUACAUGCUUACCGUUCUACCAGAUACAGGAAUACGGGGAGCAGCCUGUGUCUGCAUGCUCAAGCGCUUUGUAUCUAUAUUAAAAUCUGCUAAGGACACUGAAGAUAGAAUCCUUUCUAUGCUUGCUCUAAAUACCUUUCUUCAGUACCCUGAUGGAUUGCUUGAUCUUGCUUCCUACACUAAGGAUGUCCUAAAAGGUCUGAGAGAGCUGAAGAGAUUCUCCCCUCUAGCGUCUGAAAUGCUUAAAGUUCUGGUUGAAGAGAAUGAAUCUAAAGCUGGUAUCUGGAUGCAUAAAGAGUUAAUUCAGGUAGAUUGCAGUGAGAAUGGAGAAGUGUUGUCUGUCAUUUGUCAUAAGGAUAAAAUUUUUUCAGGCCAUUCAGAUGGAACUAUCAAGGUCUGGGCAGUAAGGGGGAGCUUAUUCCAUCUGAUUCAAGAGACGCAAGAACACAUGAAGGCGGUUUCAAGUUUGGCAAUUUCAGAAUCUGGUGACAGGCUAUACAGUGGUUCGCUUGAUCGAUCUGUAAAGGUCUGGUCUAUAGGAAAGUCAGUAAUACAGUGUGUACAAGUGCAUGAUAUGAAAGAUCAGAUUCAUAAUUUUGCUGUAGCCAAUAGCAAAUUCUGCUACAUUCCUCAGGGAAAUGGUGUUAAGGUUCAAUCAUUGAAUGGAGAAUCGAGGCUGUUAAACAGUAACAAAUACGUCAGAUGCUUGGUUGUUCUUCAUAAGAGACUAUACUGCGGAUGCCACGACAACAGUAUUCAGGAGAUAGAUUUGGAAACAGGAACAGUCAGUACCAUUCAAAGUGGUUCUAAAAGAUUGCUUGGUAAAGCAAAUCCCGUUUAUGCCCUGCAAAUUCGUGGUGAACAUAUGUAUGCAGCCAGUUCUUCCUUGGAUGGAGCUGUUAUAAAGAUAUGGAACACUUCCAGUUACAGUAUGAUUGGAUCACUGGUAAUUGCAUCAGAAGUGAGGACGAUGGCAAUGAGCUCAGAGUUAAUUUACUUGGGAUGCAGGGGAGGAGCUGUGGAAAUUUGGGAUAGGAAGAAACAGGACAGAAUUGAUACAAUACGGAUUGGUACAAAUGGCAAGAUUGCUUGCAUGGCUGUCGAUGGAAAUGAAGAAACCUUUGUCAUUGGAACCUCUGAUGGCCGAAUUCAGGCAUGGGGAAUAAACUAAGAGGGUGAUAAUAAUUUUUCUGCUGGAGAGGAAAGGCUAACUCAUCUGACCGAUAUUAUUAAAUUCGUUGACCCUUUGAAAUGUUUUUGUUUGAGAUAUAUUUUGUAUGAUGUACAUGGCUUAAAAGUCUAUACGCAUAGAAAUCUCCUCCUCCUCCUCACGCUAGGGUGUAUCUAUAGUAUUAAACAAAGUCAUUAGCAGAAGUUGCAAAUGCAAUGAAACUAUGCCAUAUCUUGUUCCCCCAGGACAAAGGGGGAAAAUGUUUCGGAUGCUUAUUCUUGCAUAUAAUGCGUUGAG